AUGUAUGAUAUUGAUCACUACAGAAUUAAAGUUCGAGGACACAACAUGUUUUGGGAUGUGGAUCGGUUUAUUCCAAAGUGGCUGAAAGAAAAAUCCCAAAAUGAUCUUUUGUCUUCUAUGAAAGAUCACGUAACCCAAGUGAUCUCAAGGACAAAGGGGAAGUUAGAACACUGGGAUGUCAACAACGAGAAUCUCCAUGGAGACUGGUUUGAACGUCACACACGUGACCCAGAUAUAACAGAGAAGAUGUUUCAGUGGAUUCACCAACAUGAGCCGAACGUGAAACUGUUCCUCAACGACUACGAAGUCAUUAACCAUCAUUAUUUUACAACAGCACUACGAAAUCAAGCAUUACAUCUAAUGAAGGAUGGGGUACCUGUUUAUGGUCUUGGACUCCAAGGACAUUUCUCUUCACACAACAUUGACAUCGAUGUUCUCAAAUACAGACUGGAUAAGCUUGCCGAGUCCGGGCUGAAGCUUUGGAUCACCGAGUUGACCUUGACUGACACAGAUAACAACAGAAAGGCCAGAAACCUAGAAAAUCUCCUGACUUUGUUCUUUAGUCAUCCGGCGGUAGAGGGCGUCUUGUUCUGGGGAUUCUGGUAUAGACACAUAUUUCACAAACAGAAUGCUCUAUUUACUGGAGAUAACAUAACACCGAACGCAGCUGGACAGAAAUACCUCGAUCUUUUCCAUAAAACCUGGAAGACCCACUUCGUUCACAAUGUUAACCCUGGAAGUACUGUCAACACACAUGCAUUUUUGGGAGAUUAUCUGCUGAACAUAAAAAGGAAUGGACAUCUUAUCCACCAUGAAAAUUUCAGCCUCGACAAAUCAGGAAAAGAUAUAACAAUCCACCUAACAAAUGACCACCAUGGAGUUUCACAGAUUGUGUUUGGAUAAUGUCCCUGUUCAUAGACUGAUGUUCUGCAUAAUUAUUUGUU